AUGGAAAAUAAUGUUGCGUAUUGCUUAUUAGCCGAGUUCGAUAUAGAUCAAGGCUCUACGCUCUCGCAGCAGUAUCCAUUCCCAACUGGCACCGACGAACAUCUGCUUGCAGAUCUCAUGAUACCCGAGGGCGCCCACGACCAGCACGAGGACUGGACUAUCUUCUUCCUCAACCAGACUCCCGCGAACACGAUUGCUCCUCCCCUCGACUCGGAAGCUCCGACACCUUUUGCCAGACACCGAAGAACUUACUCCAGGCUCGUUCCUCACCAAGACCAUCCCAAGCCCCAGCUUCUUCAUGUCCUUAAUCUCGUCAGGACCAAGAAGGACGACUCCGUGCCGAGGGGCGCCCUCGUCAAAGCUCUCGCCAUUUGCUCGAAACAGCCGUAUAUCCACAUCUACAAGCCAAUCCUUCUUCUCGCUUUGGAGGACUACUUCCAGUCUGGCUCCCCUUCUAUUCUCGCUCGCCUCUAUGACGCUAUCAACAAUAUGAGCACCUCUGCCGUUCCCCCUAUUUCCCGCUCUGAAAAGAUGAUUCUCCGCGCUGCUCCUGAUAGGAAAGAUCUCUUUGCCGAAAAGUGGUCUCAUUUCUUCUUUAAGCGUCAGUCUGAUGACUCGGAUGCGUUUAAUCCCAUGUUUCAUGUCGACAUGUCCCGCAACAGACGCUCCUCCUCCAAUUCUAAGGCUGUCAACUCUCUCGAGGAAGAGUUCGAGGAGAAGCUCAAGCGGACUAGUAUCGGCGCCUCAGAGCAGCAGUCACUCAAUGGCCCAAACCAGUCUUUUAUUGAGACAAUGCCGGUAGACACCCACUACUUCAAAACUUCUAUUAGCUAUAUGAAUGUCGACUACAAAAGUAUUUCUCUCCCAACGCGCGUUCCGCUGUCUACAUUUGAUGAAGAGAUUGGUGACUAUUCUAUCAUCAAUCUCAUUCAAACAUUCUCUGCACAUCCAGUGCCCCCAUCACCCAUGCAUCCUCAUCUCCACACAAGCGGUACAUCCACUCACCCAAUCAUUUUACUUUUCAAUGCUCUCAUCACACAAAAGCGCGUCGUCUUUCUAGGGUAUGGCAAGCCGGCAAGUCUAGUUACCAACUUUGUUCUCGCUGCUUGCGCACUUGUCAGCGGUGGUGGUGGUGUUCUCAGAGGUUUCAUUGAACGUGCUUUUCCAUACACUUGCUUGAAAGAUUUGGAUAACUUUUUAAUCAUUCCGGGUUACAUCGCUGGUGUAACAAACCCCCGUUUCGAAGACAAUCAUGGAUGGUGGGAUGUUCUCUUCAAUAUAAACACGGGUAAAGUUAUCGUCUCAUCUCAAAUUGAACCGGUUAGCGUGCUAAAAUCUAACAUAUUAUCUUCACCCUCAUCUAUUCCAAACUACCAUAGUCCAAAUAGUGGCAUCAGUAGCCAAUUUAAAUCUCCAAGUUCAACGAUACCAUCGUCAGUCGUUAUGAAUCAUUCUUCGUCGUCUGGAAGCGCGAGCCAGUCUACUCACUCUAACAAUCACAAUUUGAGCUCCCCUCCAUCUUGGUCAAAGCUUGGAAUGUCGGACAGUUUCUCUAGCGCCAUGUCAAAUACUUCUGAUGAUGGCUCUAUUUCAACAUCUCAGAGGAACGACAACAGCCAUCGCGAGUCUUCGGAUAAUAUAUUUAUGAAUGAGAUUAUGGCUCUUAUUAAUGAGCAUUAUGGAGAAGCUCACAUAAGAGCUCGAUUUACUGAUUUAGUAUCGUCCUUCGUCAGAAUGGCGUCAAGAUAUGAGGAAGAGGCUUCUGCAAUUGGGUGUACAUCAAUUGGAUUUUCAUCGCAUCCAUUUUCAGAUGGUCUACUCGGAAGUGGGACCGUUUUCAACGAUGAGAGUAGUCGUGUACGUGAACUGUCUGCUAAUGCUUUCCGGAUUGAAGGGUGGCAGGACACAGCGACGUAUAAAAAUUACAGACAUGAUUUUCAACAGUACUUGAAGAAUCGCGCUAUAAAGGACAUAGACGUCGCCCACCAAAUAAACAGACUGAGAACAGCGAGAGCGAUGCAUCCGUCUGAAGCACAAAUGAUAUAUCAGUUCUUAGCGCAAAACACAGAAACGUAUGAUCAAGUCGUAGAGAUUGUAGAGCAGCUACCGCCUCAUCUAGAUGGACUGCUGCCAUUAGGGUUCGGUCUCAUUCAUCCACACAAAUCCGUGAGAGAAGCAGCAAUGGACUUCUUCAUCAAGCUUCAGACAUACCCGGAAACCUUCUUUUGA